CUCAUGUCACUUCCAUUGCUGUCUAUCUCUGCAGAUGAAUUUCGAUUGCCGUUUUCCCAGUCGGGAAUUUCUCCGUUGAUUCAGUUUCUCUGAUCAUCCUUCGGAUUGCUUCAGCGGAGGCAAGGAAAGAACAUCAUGAAGUUGUCCUGAGUCAUCCGAGUCCGGCUGCCUCGCUGACUAAACCUCGCUGUCGACUGUCACCAAGUACAUACUGCCUGCCUCCGGCUCAAGACACAGAGAAAUUCGAUGUUUCGGCCAUGUUGGAAUUCGGCGGACCUGGCUCCGCUCGCUCCGUUGUGCGGAACGUCCGUGCGGCAGUUUCAAGUUUACAGUUGCGCCCAUUCGGCCCUUGCGGUCUUUUGUAGGACCGGCAGCGGGACUACAAGUAGGUGGAUGAGGUCACCCGCCAAGAGGAUACCUAGGGUAGGUAGCUCGGGAGGGAGCACUUGGCUCGAGCUCAAUCUGGUCUCAGCGAGCUCGAGCCUCCCGUCGAGGUCUCCCCUCGUCCCGUCUCUGGUUGCUAGGGCGGCACAGGGCGGGCAGGCACAUGGGAUGGUAAACAAAUGGGCAGCAGCUGCAGGGCAAGUGCAACGGGCAGGGCAACCACCGUCCACGACAGGCCACCACAGGCAGCCAACCACUGCCGGCCGCCGCAUCCAAACCUCGUGUUCCCCUCCAUUUCCCAACCGCCCACUUUCUUCUUCGUCUUCCAAGCACAAGUGGAGGGCGGGUACUGCAAGUCACUGGACACCCCCCAUGUCCGUCUCGCUUCUCCAAGAGCCUACAGCCCGCCAAAGCCGCCUCGCACUUGCCUUGCCUCGCCUUGCUUGCCAUUGCAUUUUCCAAAGUCCCGGUUGUCUGUUUUGUUUUGGUGCAGGAGAGCAGACGGAAUGAAGCUAUUCCCAUCAUAGUGUCUUGAUCAUUACAUUUUGUCUCGUAGGUGUGCCAGUUUCCCUAGAGAUAUCGAUUCCUUCACGUGCGCUGCGCGCAGUCAACCUUCCAUUUCCGAACUCGACCCACGAGUGAAGAGACAGAUCGGAGCCGGUUAAGCGCCCGCGCGCCAUGUCCGCCAACUUCCAACUGCCAUCAUCCACCACUCCGUACUUGUUGGUUAAGUUUUAGGUUUUAAUAUAUCAUCGCCCUCACUAUUCGUCCCGUACGCAUGCCCGAUUCAGUUCACGCCUUUCG